CCUCCCCGUGUUCAACUCGCUCACUCUCACUCUCGCCGCCCGUUCAUCACUAAAUAAUUUCGGAACUCGGAAAUUAAAAAAAAAUCACUGAAAAUGUUUCUGAGCAGGGUGGGAACGAGGACGUCCGCCUCCCUUCAGGUCAUCCGCAGGGGGUAUGCUGCAGCCACGGGGAACGAAAUGGCAUUCACGUUUGCCGCACCCUACCAGGUUUACUACAAUAAAGCUAACAUUAAGCAAGUAGACGUUCCUUCAUUCUCCGGAGCAUUUGGUAUUCUUCCAAACCAUGUACCCACCUUGGCUGUUUUGAAACCUGGAGUUCUCUCUGUGACCGAAGGCGACAGUUCAAUCAAAAAGUUUUUUGUCUCUUCGGGAUCCAUCACAGUCAAUGAAGACUCGUCGGUCCAAAUCUUGGCCGAGGAAGCCGUACCUUUGGACAUGAUUGAUGCCUCUGCAGCCCAACAAGAACUCACAGCCGCACAGCAGGAGCUUUCCCGAGCAACGGGGGAUAAGGAGAAAGCAUCAGCGCAAAUUGCUGUCGAAGUUGCAGAAGCGUUGGUUGCUGCCACAAAAUAGGAGUUAAAUUGUAAAAGUAACGUCUAAAUUAUAUAAAAUCGAAAAUACUGUUUCAAACUAUAGUGUACUACGGUUAGCAUUAAUGAAUGAAUAGUCAGUUUCAUUGGAUAUGAUGCAAUUGAGUCAAUUUAACUCAUUGUAUUACAUAAACAUCAACACCUUGUCAAUAUAAUAACAAUAAAAAAUGUGAAAUGUAGAAACACUGUCAA